AUGUUCGGUGUUAAACGUUUCGGGUGGAAGAAGCUACUCUUCUUAUUGUUUGCCUACACCUUCUGGGUGUGGAAUACCUCUUGUUCCACGCACGGGCCUGCUCCUAAUGACAUUACUUCUGCCGGUCGUUUCACGGAGUUGACGUGCAAGAAUGGAUUUCAACUUUACCAGCUAAUUGAGCAAAACUUGAUACCUCAUUGGUAUAAAUUCGACGCCAAAUACGAUGUGAGCCUGCGGUAUUACGAUUUUGUCGACAAUUUAGACUCGAAGUACCAAAUCCGUACUCACGCGGCCACAGUGAAGUAUCAUGCCGACAUUUACUGGACGAAAUCGAGAUUCUACUUGGAAUUGUUAAAAGUUAAGGUUGAGUACUAUGUCAACAUUUUGGAUGCUUGGGCAAAGCCAUACUACAAUCGAGUCAUUACUCAAGCCAAUCGCUUUUAUUGGGUUACUGUGGAUCCUCAAAUCAAAAACUUGAAGCAGAGAUUCUUUCCCAACUCCAUUAAUGUUGGCGAUGAAUCGGCUGGCUUUUGGCUGCUUAUCACUUCUUGGGUAGACAAGUUGAAUACCAAGACGGCUCCCCUGGUGGCCGAAGACAACCCUGAACCCGAACCCAUUGAUCUUGUUGCUCCGGUGGAGGUAGUUGAGGAAAGGGAUGAGUAUGACGACGUUGAGAUUGCUCCUGACAGUACUCCUGAGAGUCUCGACCUCAAUGAGGAUGAGGAGUGGUAUGAGGAUGAGACCGUUCAGGUGGUGCAAACAGUGACCGUAACGCAAUCAGAUACCGAAAGCGUUGAAGGUACAACCUCAUUGACUAGUGCUGAAUCAGAAACUCCGGCAGCUAGCGUCAAGGUAGAGACGAUCAUUGAAACAGUUGAUGGCACCAAAGUGAUCAGGGAGCGACAUGUUCCUGUGGAGGUGGAAACAGUUAAGUUAGAAACCUACAAUACCGACUCAGAUUUGGUUGAAACCCAUCAAUACGUUGACCAAUUGCUCAACUACUUUGCGGUCAAAGUGAACAAGACUCUUGAACUUGCUACUGAAAGUCUUCUGAGCGAGAUGGAACCUCACUUACAAGACCUUUUGGAUGAAGUCAAACCAAAGGCUCUGAAAUUGUUACAGCAGUUUAACGCUAAGAUUAUGACGACCUAUAAGAGGCUUAACGAGAUGCUCAUCGAGAUAGGAAAGGAUUACGAAGCAAUCUUGGAACUGAAUGACGCCGAAUAUCCUGAGCUGGUGUCGCGUCAACAAUUCAGAGACAAAAUUGCUGAAGCAUACCAGAUUGCGGAAGACAUGGGACGAGAAGUCACUGCGCUUAUGGCCCCUGCUCACACUAGAAUUGUGAAGCAAUAUUUCAAGGUGUUGCAGGAAACGAUCGAUGUGAUUGAUCUGUUUGCUGAUUCCACAGUGCAAGACUUCCACCGACAAUUAUCGGCCGCGCUUGAAGCUGCCAGCGCCCAAGCUCCCCAAGAUGUUGAUCAGUGGCAAGCCUGGAAACAAUUUCACCGCACUAAAGAACUCAUUUUUGAAUAUCGUGAUUACUUGUAUGAUACUUUUGUUGAGUACCGCGAUACAAAGGGUAGAGCUCAAGUAGUGGUUGGAUUAGAUGCCUGGCUGGAUUACGUGCUGCAAAUCGAUUUCAGCGUUAACACCCUAGGUAACGACAAUGACCAAUAUUUGCAAUUGGUACGUGCCAAAGGGAAUGUGCAAUUUCAAAUGAGGGAGGGUUUAGUUUCCAAGAUUUUGGAGGAGGCGGCGGCUCAACCUGAAGAAAUUGCUGAUUCGAAUGAGACGGAAACUAAUGCCGACCCACUCGGUGAUCUUGGCGAUGACGCCGACAUCGAAAUUGAUGAAUCUGUCAACGAUAAUAUUGACGUUGAUGAGUUAGAGCAAGUUGAAGUGGGCGUUGAUGACGAAGCAUUAAAUGCGGAUGAUGCUGAGAUUGAGCUGGAGACGCAUUGA